AUGAUUCGGUCCGGUAAGGAGGAAGAGGAGGCCGAUCAGGGGCCCCCGUGGAUAAAACCGCUGCUGAAGACGAGCUUCUUCACCCCCUGCCACGUUCACGGCGGCGCCGCCAAGAACGAGUGCAACCUGUACUGCCUGGGCUGCAUGGGCCCUGCCCUCUGCUCCUACUGCCUCCCCUACCACAGAGAUCACCACGUCGUCCAGGUAAGAGCCCUCCUUCCGGAGCCGCCGCCUAUUCUCUCUCUCUCUCUCUCUCUCUCUCUCUCUCUCUCUCUCUCUCUCUCUCUCUCUCUCUCUCUCUCUAUCUAUCUAUCUAUCUAUCUAUCUAUCUAUUUAUCUAUCUAUCUAUCUAUCUAUCUGUCUGUCUGUCUAUCUAUUUAUCUGUCUGUCGGUCUGUCUAUCUAUUUAUCUGUCUGUCGGUCUGUCUAUCUAUCUAUCUAUCUAUCUACCUAUCUCUAUCUUUCUUUCUCUUUAUUGUAGAUAAGGAGGUCGUCGUACCACAACGGGAUUAGGGUUUCGGAGGUAGCAAAGCUCAUCGACGUGUCGGGGGUGCAGACUUACGUCAUCAACAGCGCCAAGAUCGUCUUCCUCAACGAGAGGCCACAGCCGAGGCAGGGAAAGGGGGUCACCUACUCCUGCGAGACCUGCAGCCGCUGCCUCGUCGACGCCUUCCGCUUCUGCUCUCUCGGCUGCAAGGUCUGCGAGCAAUCCUUCAUCGAAGCUACAAACUUUACGCCAAUGUUUAUCCAUUUUUUGCAAAAUUAUGGCGUUUAUUUUCAUACAAAUUUCCUUAUUUUGUUAAAAUAUGAGAAGCAACCACGCCCAUUACCAAUCACUUUCUCUCUCUAAAAUGCUUAUUUGCGUACUCUUUAGAUCCUUGGAAAGGAGAUUGAUUUUCGUUUCUUUUUCUCCAAUCUCAUCAGCUCCGGGGAAUGAAGAGCGACCCGGGGCUGACCUUCUCCCUGCGACCCAGACCCGGCCGGGAAUACUCCAACGAAUGGGAAUCGGACGACUCUUCCGCCGGGAAGAAGCUCAAGAAGGCCUCAGUCUCCUCGCCGGAGGGCGGCGGCACCGCCACCACCAAGAGGCGCUUGCCGGCACCAGGAGAGGACAAGACGGGAGCUGCCGCGAGCAGCAUUUCUCCGACGACUCCUCCGAUAGCCAGCUACCGGACGUCCCGGCGGAAGGGUAUACCCCACAGAGCGCCCUUCUAG